CGCUAUCUGCUCAGACAUCAGCCGGCUGAUGAGGUAGAACUGCGGUGUGUAGAUCUGCGAUGCGCAGCGGCGCUCACCGCUCAUCUAGCCGCUGUGUUUCUGUGUGGGGCGUUCAGCUCAGCAGCGUUUCGCCUACCAGCUCCAGGAAUGGACUGACUUUCUAGCUCCGCCACCACUGACAAAUCCACUCAGUUUCUACAGGACUCCUCGGUUCAAGGGAUAAACGUUUAGAGUUGAACGCAAGCCUGGGAACAUUUCAAUCUGAACUUGAUUCGCCGUUUGAGCGGCAACGCAGAUUGUUUUUUUUCCACUCGCGCGACUGAUUUGCUGCCGUUGGACGAAACGGGAAUCAACUUAAACGAACGCGCAGACAUUUUGUUAUUUCGGAGAAUUACAACGCUUUUUUCCCUCUCCUCUCACUUGUUCAUCAGUGCAGUCGCAGCUGGUUGAAGAGAGCGAACUGAAAGCUUUGAAGGGCCACCACAAGGCGACGGAGGAAACCACCGCUGUGUGCAUAACGUUGUUAAUUUACAUGCGUUCAGCUUGCAUCGCUGCCGCUGCCGCUUGUGCGUUAAGGCGGAAAGCUUUUGCCACAGCGAUGAAUCAUUUUGACUGACAGCUUUUGAAGAAUUAGCUAGCUUAGCCAGCGAGGAACUGAUGGUGGUUUCCUGUUCACCGACACAGUAAAUACGGGGUCGGCACAUGUACAGCUGAAUGGUCUUGCAUCACCCAGACAAGACACCGACUUGUACCUCGCAAACGGCCGCAAAGUGCAUCACUUAUAUUCCGCUUAAUUAUUAUUUUUGGAGGGAGUCGCUAGCUACCGUUAGCUUGUCAUCCUGCUAACGCUGGACAGCUCCUGUUUGAGGUUGGGCUAGCUUUGGACAAAGGACCAACGCAAGGAGAAAAUAUAAACACAGGGCGCACAGUUAAUCGUGUUUGGGAAGGAAAGCAACCAAACAAGGAACUGACAUGAUGUUUCCACAAUCAAGACACUCAGCUUCAUCGCAGCAGCUGAAAUUCACAACCUCUGACUCCUGUGACAGGAUCAAGGAUGAGUUCCAGUUCCUCCAAGCACAAUACCACAGUUUGAAGCUUGAGUGUGACAAGUUGGCCAGUGAGAAGUCAGAGAUGCAGCGUCAUUAUAUCAUGUACUAUGAGAUGUCCUAUGGGCUCAAUAUUGAGAUGCACAAACAGGCUGAGAUAGUGAAGAGAUUGAACGGGAUCUGCGCGCAAGUCCUGCCCUACCUGUCUCAGGAGCACCAGCAGCAGGUCCUGGCAGCUAUAGAGAGGGCCAAGCAGGUCACCCCCCCAGAGAUGAACUCCAUCAUAAGGCAGCUCCAGGCUCACCAGCUGUCUCAGCUCCAGGGUCUGGCCCUGCCCAUGACCCCCCUGCCGCUGGGCCUGAGCCAGCCAACCCUCCCAGCCGUCACCACCUCCUCCGGCCUCUUCUCCCUCUCCUCCCUGCUGGCCUCCCAAGCCCAGCUGGCCAAGGAGGAGAAAGCAUCGCGUGACGGAGUCGACAGCCACCGCGAGGAGGACGGAGACAAGUCUGAUUAGAUGAUCUCCCCAUUCAGCUCUGUUUUUGUCCAGAGACCUGAAACCCCAGAUCCAAAACCCCUUGGCCUACAGGCUCUCCCCUGGUCUCCCUCUCUCUGAUCUUAGCUAACAUGGGCUUCACCACAGCUUCAGCUACAGACCCUUACUAACUCCCAUACUGUACCAGCGUACCUGAAGCCCUCAAUGCCCAGCCUCUUAUUGGGAGGGCUUUGGCAUCUGCCCCUCAUGUCCCCUCAUGUCAGACUAGUCCUGAUUUCAUCAUAUUUACCACAUUUCUUUACCUUCUCCUCUCUCUUUCACCAUCAGAGUGUCUCUUUCUUAUGUAUUGUGUGUCUUUUUUUUUUUCAAAUACUUUUUUUUUUGGAUGAUUUUUUUUACCGAGACUCUCUUCUAUUUCUGUUGCUUCCUGCCUUCCUGGCGCUCUGUCUCUCACUUCUCAUUUCUGUUUAGUUUCUGUUUUUUCCUCCCUGCCUCUCUUCCUCCCACUCCCCCCCCCCCCCCCCCAACUCUUGCCUCUGUUCUGAGCGGGUCCUUGUUACGCAGGACUGAUCUGUGAGACUAAACGCACCGUAUCAUAGGUGUUAAAACAGACUAAAUGUUAAACACAGGGAUUCUUUGGAAAGCUGUAAAACUUGUCAGACACAACACAGGAUUCAAGCAAACUUCUUUUUCCUAAGAAAACGGUCUCACAGAGAUCAGAAGUGUUGAUAUUUUUUGGCAGUUCAGAUUGCAUGCAUUCAUUCCAAGCUUCAAAUUGGCUGUGAGUUUAGAUGAUGGAUCGUUAUCAUCUGAGUUUUGUUUAAACAGUGCCCUCAAAAAGAGAGGAGAGUCCCUCUUGCAUCGCUGUGUAAAGCUACACUCACGUCCUAACCAAAAACUGCUGCUUUUAGUUGCUUUAAGCUCCCAAAAAAGGAGACUCGUUGUAAUGAGAAGACAUCUCAAGUCGACAAACUAGAGAUUUCGUGUAUAAUCCUAAAUUCAUAUGAAGAAAGGAAAAGCACCUUCUUAAAGCAAACUUCAUGCUGAGAGCUGUCAGGCUAGAUAACAAACCCACCUUAGUAAGUAAUCCCCCCCCCUACUUACGAUCCUCGCCUGACCCUGCGAGGUACGUUAGAUAAAUCCACCCAGCACCUUAACUGAAAGGCAACACUUUCAUCAGUAGUUAAACAGAGCUGAGGCAGCACAGUGUGCAGCAAAAAGAACAGAGUUGCCACUUGACUCCUCCACCCUCCCACCGCCCUUUUCAUCUCUAAUGUGCACUAAUAUUAGAGCAGACGCAGAGGGGAGAGAGUGUGCAUGUUGUGUGUUUGACAGCAGAGGGCAGCAUGUGUCUUUGAAGAAUCCUCCUUGCCGGGUUCAGACCCGAGCAGAACAUGGACAGGACAGUGACAGAGUACAGGGCUGUGUCACAAGGGGGAAUGGCUUAUUUAUCCACUCUGUGUGUACAAACUUAAUAUACAGAGACUAGACUGGUGACAUUAAUCUCUGCAUGCGGUCAGUCCCAGUCUCCGUUAUUUGUCAUGAUCCAGCUCUUGAGAUAUAGUCUUUGGUCUGUUAUAGGGAAAAUCUCUGCGUGAAACAGAAACAUAACCGGACCUGCUUUUGAUUUGAUUUCAAUACUGUACGUUACUGUGCGUUUUGAUUCAUUCACAUCUGUCACGUAUCAGACUGACAUUACACUAUAUUAUACAGGUGACGCCUACACGCAACACUGAGUGGGAAAUAUCAACGACCUGAUAAUAUGAUAUCAGUGUAGACCGCUCUGACGAAGCACAAGCAGCCUCCACAGCUGCUCUGAUGAGUAAAAAAAAAAAUCCCACUCACACCCACACAGGUGUUUUUCAAUCGCUGCGUCUAAUUAGACCUCUAGUCAGGUGGACAGUGGGUGGCGCUACACUGGGAAUCGUGUGAUGUCACCAAACUCUGCAGAAAACAGAAAAUUUAUCUCCAACAGUUGAAAUCAUAAAUUAAUAGUUUGUCAUUUUUUCUAAACUAAAAUGCCCCAAAAUUGACGUGUCCAGCUUCUCAAAUGUGAAUAUGUGAUGAUUGUCUUGGUCUUCUCUGAUAUCUUUGUUGUGAAAACAAUCUCACCACAUGGUCCAUUUUUGUAGCUUUCCAUCGUAGCACGCUGUCUUUCUCAGCAGUAAAUAUCUUUGGGUUUUUUGGCAUUAUUUCCUUUUUUCUGACAUUUUAUAGACCAUGAAAUAAUGGCUAGAAUAAUUGAUAAUGAUAAUAGUUAUAUGCAGCUUUAAUCCCACAAUACAGUGUGUCACAUUUGAUAGACAACAAAAUACAACCCUUCCGACACGAGUGCCUAAUUUCGUGAGUUUUCAAGCAUUCCUAGCCCCUCAAAAACAGGUUCCUGUUGGCGAAUAAUGCGUCACCAUGGCAACAGCGUUUGAUGAAAACUCAAAAUCUUCACUGUUUAGCAUCAUCAAGGUCUUACCACUUAGUUGACCAAAUUUUAGGUGGAUCUGGUUAACCUGCUAGGAGUAGUAAAAGUAUGGGGCCUAUAACUUCCUGUUGCCAGUAGAUGGCGCUACUAGAUGACUAUGAUUCAAUAUUGGCCCGUACACGUCUUCAGACCAGGACUCUCAUCAAAUGUGAAAUUUGGGAAAGAUCUGACGAUGAGGAGUCAAGUUACAACAGUUUCUUUAUUUCAUGUCAAAACAGCGAAAUUUGCCGUGUCGCCAUGGCAGCAGCGUUCAGUGAAAACUUACAAGCUUCACAAUAUAUCAUCAAGAUCUAAAGGCUGAUGUCAGUCAACCCACACACAGGUCUAAUCAGGCAGCUCAAGUUAAAAUACCCAGGUGGGUGGACUGUGGGUAUGUAGAGGCUUCAGCAUGGCCACAUGAAGUGUCUGCUUUCUAAAAGCUGAGAUGAAAUUUAACACGCAGAACUCACUGCAGACUUCAAGGCUGUUUCGCAAACAUGAUUUCAACAAAAACAAAUCUUAUUUUCAGCAGAGGUAACCAAACCUUUUACCUUAUACACACACACACACACACGCACACUUUCUUAGCUUCUUCUCUGUUUUAAUGGCUGCAUUGUGAGUGAAUAGAUAUGAAGAGUUUCAUUCUAAAUUAAACAAUCCUGUUAACACUUCUCAAAAUAAUCUCUGGCAUGACAAUAAAGUACAUUUUAGUGUUGAAGUCAUUUGCUUCAAAACAGCAGCUUGAUGAUUGAUACAUCCCAAAGUUUGACACACUGACAGUGGAACAAAUUGCAUAUUACAGCGUUGAGAAUAAAACCCUUCAUGUGUCAGAAAGUUAAGAUGACAUCGGUGGGAUGACUCCAUCAAUGACGCCUAUUGCUGUGUAUGUAUGUGAAUACAUAAACAAGGUGUGUAUAAACGGUUGUACAGGUUGGUCGUCGAUGAUAAACCACAGAGAUGAAAUGUGUCGCUGUUCAUACUCCAGCUAAAAGCUAAUAUGCUAUUCUGCUUGUGAAUUUAAGCUCGCAGCACAUCGUCCUCCCAUUCAGCCACAUACUGUAUGUAUCUAGCUACAUACUGUACUUGUCGUAGUGAUAUGCAGAGCGCGUAGACAAAGCGAGACACAAACACAUACAUCACUGCAUGUCUGUGGGGGAACCAGGAUUCAUUUCUUUCAAGUAGCGACAUUAUUUUUUAAAGAAUGUUUGGUCCAAACUUUCUGUGAUCAAUGCACUUGUUUGUUUUUUUUUCUUUCUCUUUUUUGUUUUUAAAUAUUAAUCGAUAUGAACUAGAGAACGAGACUUGCAAAGCUGACGUUAUAAACAUACAAAUGAAAUUCUAUGUAUUUGUUAAAGUAGUUGGAGGCGCUCACCUCUGUAUACAGUUAUACAUAGAAAGCUUUAUGUGUAUAUGGCUGCAUCUUCUCUUGUCUGUCCUGGAUGAUUCUUGUGCUAUUGUGUUACAAAACUGAUGUGACACCAGGGGGGAAACUGCAGUACGUUGACCUUUUGCCCUUUGACCCCUUUCCUCCUCUCUGACCACCCUCCCUUCCCCUUAUUCCCAUUCCACAUCCCACUUCCCCAACUUUUUGCCCCCAUAGCGUGAAGCAUUGUAAGCGUUUUGAGCUUUGUAAAGGUCUUUUUUUAAAUACUUAUUUUGUGUAUAAUGUAAAACCUGAAAGUGUGUACUUUGGCAAAAAAAAAAUGUUUUGUGUCUGAAAUCAUAGCUUCAUUUAAACAAAAAAAAAAAAGAAAACUAUAAAAA